AUGAGUCAGUCCCCUCAGCAGAAACAGGGAGUUCAUCCCCUGAAUCCACCUGCGUCCCUGGGCAAGCACAAGGUCGCUUUUGCUUCGCGAUUAGCCCCCUAUCCGCCAUCCGGGGAUCCGCCACGUAGCCUCGCGACUACAUUCCGACUCUUUGCACGUAGCCUUUCCGAAUGCAAGGUUCCUAAACAGUGGAAGACCAGCAAGACCGUGUUGUUGUAUAAAAAGAGAGAUCCACAUGACAUCGGCAACUAUUGCCCAAUCUGCUUACUGUCCGUUAUCUACAAGCUCUUUACAAGAGUGAUCCUUAAUAGGAUUGAAAACGUCUUGGACGAAGGACAGCCAUGCGAGCAAUCAUUGUUCCGAAAAGGAUUCGGCACGAUUGACCACAUUCGCACUGUUUCGAAACUCAUCGAGGUAUCAGGAGAGUACAAGAUGCCGCUCUGUCUCACCUUCAUCGACUUGAAGAAGGCCUUUGACUCAGUUGUGACGGAAGCGGUCAUGGAAGCCUUGGACAACCAAGGCGUCACUAUUCAGUGCAUAAAGGUACUUCGAGAGUCGUACAGUAACUUCACUUCCGGAAUUUUGUCAUUCUACAAGAAUAUCAUCAUUGACGUUGAAGAGAGGGUCCGACAGGGUGAUACAAUCACCCAAAAUAUUAGCAGCCACCCUGGAGAACGCAGUGUGAAAGUUGGAAUGGCAGGACAUGUGAGCGAAGGUUGA